ACACGAAAAAUUACUCCUGAACCACUGACAUCAGCUUUGUUUACGCAAAUUUGGGCCAUUCAUCAUCAAUCAAUGAUCCAUUCAUAAAAAAAAUUGUAGGUCGAGUAAAUAAAACUCAAAUUAGAUUUAGGAAAUAACUUGGAAUAUAGGUAUUAAAUUAAAAAUGCCUACAACGAAUAAGGCUGGUCCGGUGUCCGAUGACGAUGAUGAUUUCUUCAAACCAACCUCCAAUUCCACUUUAGCAAAAAUCUUUGGUGUUCCGAAGGGUGGCGCAGCUGUGAACAAAAAGUCCUCACCGGAAAAAGACUCCAGGUCGAUACAGUCCACGCCCAGCAGUAAGGUAUCCGAUCGCUACGGGGCUUCUUCCUUUCGUUACGUCCCACCAUCGGAAGCAGUCGAUUCCACUACGGAUGGGGAACAACCCGGGAGUAAGCCGUCGUCGGAUUGGAACCUAGUGCAAGCCAGUGUGGUAACUGCCUACAAGCUUGUCGGGAACGAGAACACCCCGCAAGGGAAGCUAGGAUUGGCAUUGCUCCGUUCGCAAGCUGAAUUCCGGAUUCUGAUCUAUCGGACCAAAACCGAUGCCCUUGCUACCCUUAAUUUAGACGCUGCAACAAAACUGUUUUUGAAAAAUGAAUAUCUCCAAUUUCGAAGUGACGACGACGACUUUUGGAGCGUCUUGUUUGAAAAUCCAGUUGAUCGUGAUCGUUUACUUGCGGCCAUUGAAGGCGUAUGUCUAUUAGAAUUAGAACGCCAACCCCACAAGCAACGUGUUCCUCCAAUUCCGGCAUCCAGAACCAUUCCCAAUGUGGAGGAGCCGGAUUCUGAUGCGGAAAAAGGCAAAGCAAAUCUCAUCUCACGGAUGGCUCGAGUUGGCCAACCGAUUCUUCCGCAAGCCAAGCCCGUAUCAACUACGGAAGUGAGCGAUUCUUCCGAUACGGAUGCACGCUUUGAGACAAUAGCUCGUCCUAGCAUUCCUCCCCAUCGACGGCCAGGUAAUGGAGGCGUUGGCAAAAUACAGCCCGUAACGAUGGGCAUGCAGAUAAUUCCCUCAGCAGCGAAUGCCCUCACAACCGCCAUAGCUGGACAAAAUUUGCUCCACACUGCGACCGAUGUUAACUUCAAUCUAUUCAUGACGGAAAGCAGAAUGCAAGGCACCGAAGUGCGAAUGAAUUUGUCGAAAUUGGAGUCCAAGCUGGAUCGUGUCUUGGACAAAAUCGAUUUGAUGAAUUUGAACAGCACUGGUGAAGCAAAAUCGAACACCGAUAAAGAUGAUGAUAUAUUGGCUUUGGAAGAGAAAAUUUUAGAGCUGAAGAAGGACAAUCAUGCAUUGAAAGGAAAGGUUCGCUCUUUGGAAGCAGAAGUUAGUACCCGAAAUGAAGAUGUGCACCUGAAGCAACAAUUGGCCGAAUCGGAAAAACGUUACUCAGAUCUCCAGUUAACAGUAGCAGCCAUUCAGAAAGAUUUAACAUCUAGUCGUGAUAAAAGCGAAGUAGAUCUCAGAGAAAUGGAACGAAUUAGACUAGAGCAAGAUGCAACCAAACAAUCAUUGCAUGAAAAAGCCAAAGAAAUUGAACUGCUGACUGAACAACUAAAAGAUGCUCACAAUAGUCAAUCGUCACUGAGAGAGGAGAAUUCCAAACUGGUAAAACAAAAUGAGGAUUUGCAAAGCACUUUAAAUAAUAUGGAACAACAGCUGAAAAGUUUAAACGAAAAGGUAACUGGAUCUGAGCCGGUGGAUGAGCUGAUCAAAACCAUUAUGAACAACUGUUUCCAACGAAUGUGCGACCAGAUUGACGAUGCCAGAACUUUGAAGAUUGUAGGGCAAACGAUCAAACAUGAAACCAAAGCUGCUUUGGCGCGGCGGCAGAAAAAAUAAAUUGAGGAAAAAUGUUAGCUUGUUACGAUAGGUA